AUGUCACGACACUUGUGUUGGAUGGCCUUUUUGUUUGCAUCAUUAAGAUCGUCGGCAAGCUUUAGUCGUCGUUCCAAUAUCAUCGGAAGAACUGCUACAACAGCAGCAAAUCUACUCACUACAGCCACAGCAGCAGGAGCCCCAAAGACUUGUUCUUCCACCAAACUGUUCAGCACCAUGACUGCCAACCCCUUGCUUCAAGAUUGGUCUUCUCAGCCUUUCAAUCUUCCUCCAUUUGGUGAAGUCAAGACAGAAGAUUAUGAACCAGCUCUCAAGGAGGCUAUGAUCGCUCAUUUGGAAGAUUUGCAAGCCAUUGUGGACUCUACUGACGAGCCUACUUUUGACUCUGUCAUUAAGGCCUACGACCAAAGUGGUGGCUUGCUCGAUAAGGUCCAAGGCGUCUUCUCCAAUAUGUGCUCCUCCAUGAAUACGGAAGAACUGCAAAAGGUGCAAACAGAUAUGUCAGCUGUCCUCAGUAAGCAUUCUAGCAAGGCGUAUACACUGCCCGGAUUGUUCCAGAAGAUUAAUCAAGUCUAUCAAACUCGAUUGGAGAGUGGUUUGAACAGUGAACAAAUUCGAUUGGUAGAACGUAUUCACAUGGACUUUGUUCGUCAAGGUGCCGAACUGUCUCCAGAAGCUCAAGAAGAACUAUCUCAGAUCAAGGCCAACUUGGCAGAACUGCGCACCAAAUUCAUGCAAAAUGUUCUCAAGGACGAGUCCACCUACGAGCUGGUGGUCACCAAGAAUGAUCUAGAAGACUGCCCAGAUAGUCUCAUUGAAUCUUCCAAGCAAGCAGCCGUCGAGCGUGAAAAGGGUGAAGAUGACUAUGUCAUUACGCUUUCGCGAUCUUUGGUGGAACCCUUUUUAGUAUUUUGCAAAAAUCGAGAUCUCCGUUGGCAAGCGUUUGAGGCUUGGACUCAACGUGGGCAAUUGGAUGAAUCGCGGGAUAACGUACCCAUUGCACAGGAAAUGCUCAAGCUUCGUCAAAAGCAGGCUCAGCUUUACGGAUACAAGUCAUAUGCUGAGUUUCAAUGUGUGGAUCGCAUGGCCAAGACUCCCGAAAACGUCAUGAAGCUUCUCGAAGAUGUUUGGACAAGAGCCAAGGUUUCCGCCGACAAGGAAAGAGAAGAACUAGAAGCCUAUGUCAAAGAGUCUGGCUUGGACUUGCCAGGCGGUAUUGAACCGUGGGAUUGGCGUUUUGUGGCGGAAAAGGUUCGAAUCUCCAAGUAUUCCUUUGAUGAAUCCUUGCUCAAGCCAUACUUGUCCUUGGAAAGUGUUCGCGAGGCAAUGUUUGCCGUGUCUGGAAACCUAUUUGGAUUGCAGUACAAGCCUCGUCCCGACGUUGGCAUGUAUCAUCCAGAUGUUGAUGCCUACGAAGUUCGCCGCAAAUCAGACGAUAAGCUGGUCAGUAUCUUUGUGCACGAUAACUUUUCUCGUCAAUUCAAGUCGAGUGGAGCAUGGAUGAGCGAAUACCGAAGCCAAACUAGGAACCUCAAGGCGACAGAUGAUGAAAUUGAAGGUGUUCCCAUUGUUUCCAACAACAAUAAUCUUGCCAAGGCUAGCGGUACCACUUUGCUCAGCUACGAUGAUGCCACAACCAUGUUCCACGAAUUUGGCCACGCUCACCACGGUAUGCUCAGUGACGCAACCUACGGUCGUUUGGCAUCGACCAACGUCUUGACCGAUUUUGUAGAACUUCCCUCCCAACUCAUGGAGCAUUGGUUUGCCGAACGACAAGUGCUCAAGCAAUUUGCCCGUCACUAUGAAACGGGCGAGAUUGUUCCCGAUGAUCUCUUGGACAAACUCAAGGCCGCCGAGUCUUUCAACCAAGGUUUUGGGACCAUUGAGUACACUAUUUGUGCUCUCCUUGAUAUGGCCAUGCAUCAAAUCGACAACUACGAUGACUUUGAUAUUAUUGAAUUUGAAAAGAAGGAGCUAGAACGUCUUGGUAUGCCACAAGGAAUCGUGAUGAGACAUCGUCCACCACAUUUCUUGCACCUUUUUGCAAGUGAGAUGUACGCAGCAGGAUACUACGUUUACCUCUGGGCUGAGGUUCUUGAUGCAGAUGCCUAUGCUGCCUUUGAAGAAAAGGGUAACAUAUUUGAUCCGGAAACCGCGGAGAAGGCUCGCAAAUACAUUUAUUCUGCUGGCAAUACUGAAGCUCCCGAUGAGUUGUUCCGGCUAUUCCGUGGGCGCGAUCCAGACAUUAGUUUCAUGCUCAAGAAGAAGGGACUGGUGUGA